AUGAUUCGGGCGGUAAUUUUGUUAGGUGGUCCAAGUAGAAAAGCAAGUUAUGGGACAUAUGAAUAGGCAUCUCCUUUAUUUCCCGUUAGUGGAGUGGAAAUAAUCGGUCAUCUCUUAAAUGCAAUCCAGAAAUUACCCAAUUUGAAGGAUUUUGUUCUGAUGGGUUAUUAUGAUAAGAAGUGUUUCUAAUACUUUUAAGAGAAAUACUAGAAAUUAUAUGGCAAAAAUAUACGUUAUAUAUAAGAAGAGAGUGAAAUGGGGACAGCAGGUGGAUUAGCAUAAAAUUUGGAAGAAUUGUUUGAAGAAGUUGAAGAUCUUUUGGUAGUGCAUUCAGAUAUUUGUUGUGAUUUGCAAGCCCAGAAAUUCUAUGAUUACCAUAAGAAUAAAUCUGGUGUUUGCAGCAUAAUGACGGUGCGAGUAUCGAAGGAUGAAUCUACUCGUUAUGGGUGUUUGAUAAAGGAUUCCAAUACAGAUCAAUUGAUACAUCAUGCGGAGAAACCAGAAUAAUAUAUUUCAAAUUUGGUAAAUUGUGGAGUAUACAUCUUCAAUUAAACAUUCAAAACUACAAUCUUGAAUGUGAAAGCAAAAAAAGAAGCCAAUUUAAGCGAAGAACUUUAACAUCAACCAUAUGUAAAGUACAUAAAAAGAAGUUCAGAUUUGGAUAAAUCUUACUUGUCUUUAGAAAACGAUGUCCUGAAAUAGGCAGAGAGAGACAAAGUUUAUGUAUAUGAACACUAGGGCUUCUGGCAAUCAAUAAAAUCGACAAGUGAUCUUCUGAAUGCAAAUCGACUUCUACUCCAAUAUUAUGGACAAAAUCCUUUCAUAUUCCUUAGUCCUGAAUUUGAAAUCAAAAGUGAUGGAGUACUGAUUCACAAGAGUGCAAAAGUUCAUCCAUCUGCGAAGUUAGGUAGCAAUGUGGUUAUUGGUGCUGGUUGUGAAAUUGGAGAGGGAGUUCGCAUAAAGAACUCAAUUCUAUUAGAUGGCGUCGAAGUCAAAAAUUUCUCAUUUAUUUCAAAUUCAAUAAUCUGCUACAAUUCAAUCCUAGGUUAUUGGUGUAGGAUUGAAGGGGAUGUUCAAUUCCUAGGACCAUGGGUGAUAGUUGACAAUGAAUUAUAUUUAAGGAAUGUAGUAUGUCUUCAAAACUGCAGAGUGUCUAAAAGUUAAGAUGGAGGUUGUUUGAUGUGA